AUGAGCCAAGCUCAGAACGCCAGCACCGAUAAAGUGGUGAUCUAUGAGUUCGCUUGGCCACUGCUGGUGGCCAUUUACCAGGUCAACCUGUACAGGAUAAUCCUGGAGCUGGUGGCCCACAUUCUGCUGAUGGUCAUAGCCGUGGUGGUAGUGAGGAAGUCCUGGCGAAUGGACGACUCCCGCAGCGGCCGGCACGCCCUCUACUCCGUCCUGGGACUUUUCUGGUGCGUGGGCGAGGCCCUGUUGGUGUGCCACUCGUGGUGGUGGGCCGACCUGACCUCCAGGAGGCGCCUCAACCGACUGCACAUGGUCCUGGGCAUGGUGGGGCUCUGGCUGGGCCUGGUGGGCAUCUUCUCCAAGUGGCUGGCCAAGCGCAGGGUUCACGAAUCGCACUUCAACUCGAAGCACGGACUGUGCGGCCUCCUGGGCUUCCUGCUCCUCGUUGGAUCACUGGUCACUGGAUUCGCCCUGGUCUUCGUUAGCCACCUGGUUCUGCAUCUCACCCACCGACUGGUGAGUCUGGUGGCCUUUGUCUGCCUCGCCUGCAGCCAGUGGUUCGCCCUCAACUUGGGUUUCUCCCGCCGCGAGUGGGACGGCAGGAAGGUCAAGUGGCUCAAGAUCGCCACCCUGGGAGCCAUCGUUUCGACAACUGGCUAUGAGCUCCUCUGCCUCUCCAGGGACAUUGUCCAUCUGCUGCCCGGCCAGUGGAUCACAGCCAUCGGACUGAACAUCAGGGAUAGCCUCAUUUUGGAUUAA